AUGGCUGACACUCCAGUCAAAGUGACUCGCACCGUCAUCACGAACUCGGUAACCCCAGGACUGGAGUCAUUGACUAUCGUAGGGUCCCCUCGGGUGCUGGUCCGGCCGUUGGGCCUUAUCCGUCUGCUGCAGCUGUCAUCUACCUGCCUGGCUUUCUCACUAGUGCUCUACGUAGGUGCCUGGAAGGGCACCUUGGGCAGCUGGUGCCUGUUCUCCUGGUGCUUCUGCUUCGCCAUGACCCUGAUGGUCUUGAGUGUGGAGUUGACUAGACUUCAGAGGCGCUACGCCAAGUCAUGGCUGGAAUUCCCCAUCACCUGUGCCUGCUAUGGUUUCCUCUUCAGUCUGUCUUCUUCCAUCAUCUAUUCGACCACCUAUGUGCGGUUCAUGGCUUAUGGAUACCCCAGAACACAGGCUAUUAGAGCCACUGUCAUCUCCUGCGUCUCCUGUGUGGCUUAUGCGACAGAAGUGACCUGGACUCUGGCAAGGCCUGGUGAGAUCCCUAGCUACAUGGCCACUGUGUCGGGGCUGCUCAAGAUUGUUGAAUCUUUCGUAGGCUGCCUCAUCUUUGUCUUCAUCAACAACCCACAACUUUACAUGCAUAUAUCAGCCCUGGAGUGGUGCGUGGGCGUCUAUAUCAUAUGUUUCAUCCUAACCAUGGUGGCCAUCCUGCUGAAUCUGGGACAUUGUAUCAUCCCCUUUCCGACUUUCUUGACGAGCAUAGCUUUCCUGUCUGUCCUCUUAUACACCACCGCCAUUGUCCUGUGGCCUGUGUACCAGUUUGGUGAGGGGUUUGGUAUCUCGUCCAAUCAUUUAAUGGGUUUGAAUUGUCAUUAUAGAACUCCCUACUCAGUGUGUAACUGGGACCGCCAAGUGGCAGUGGCGGUCUUGACCGGUAUCAACCUGUUGGCUUAUAUAGCUGAUUUUAUCUACUCAAAAUAG